AUGUUCAAAUCUAAAUUCCCCACUAUGCUCAACAGACAAUUCAACCGUUACCUAACCCAAUAUGCAAGGAACAAUCAGAUCUUCAUACACCCAGCAAAACACUUAGGUUCAACUGUAGUAUCAUUUUCUAAAAACCCAAAGGAUGUCCCAAUUGGUACAGUCCUUGGUUCAGGACAUGAUAUCACUCCCCAGAAUUUUCAAGAAAAUGAGAAGUUUUUGAAUAUACUUCAUAAGACCAUUGGCGAUACUGUUUGGGACGACUUCCUGUUCAUAGUAGAGGCUGGAGUUAAUGCGUCAUCCUACAUGCCGAUCUACGACUUCCGCCACACACCAAAUUUUGCAAGAAUACCUGAAGUCGAUGAUAUCUUCGGUUAUGUUCAAGUGGACGGGAACGGUAAGAUGAUCCCUGACACGUACGAGUCCAACUCUAUGUACCGUCUUUGCAAUGGAGAAUCUGGAUUGAUAAAGUUGUCCGACUACUUGCACGAAAAGGUAGGAGAAGCAUGUGAGCAAACUAAGUAG